AUGGCUACUCUGCUUAACACAACAGCCCUGGGGAGGAUACAGGGCACAACGGAGGAUGGUGUGACCCAGUACCUCGGCAUCAAAUAUGCUACCCUCAAGGACCGCCUAGCAGACGCAGAACUGAUCGCGGAACGAGACGGCAAUGUGCUGGACGCAACGAAAGACGGUCCAACGACCGUGUCCCCUGCGGCUGGAUGGGGUGCCGAGCUAGAACACGUCCAGCAUCCACUGCCCAAGAAAGAGCUCGCUCAGUCGGAUGUGGAUUGUCUGAAUCUGAAUAUCACCGUGCCCUCGGAUACUAUACCUUCUUCGAAGUUGCCCGUCUUUUUCUUUAUCCAUGGCGGUGGGUUGGUUGUCGGAGCCAACUCGUGGCCCCAGUUUGACAACAAGCGGUUUGUCACGCUCUCAGUGCAGAAGAAUCUGCCGAUUCUUGCGGUCUCGAUCAAUUAUCGUCUUGGGGCUCUCGGCUUUCUGACAUCCGAGGACCUGCGAAAUGCCGGGUACAAGGCCAACAAUGGCCUUCGUGACCAACGCGUUGCUAUGCAAUGGGUACAGAAGCAUAUUCGUGAUUUUGGAGGUGAUCCAGACAAUGUAACAGUAGCUGGGAUGAGCGCAGGAGCAGCAUCUGUGACAUACCAUCUCCAUUCCGACCAGGCGCUUUUUAAGCGGGCGAUUUCUUUGAGUGGAUCUUUCUUUCUUAUACGAGCGCGGCUUUAUGAAGCCCACGAAGGAAAUUAUCAGCAAGUUAUAGCUGCUUUAGGCUUGUCGGAUGCUACUCCCGAGAAGAGACUUAAAGCCCUCCUAGAAACACCAGUACAAGAUCUCGUUGCGAAGAUUCCUCCAUCUGCAUUGACUGCUCCGGCCAUUGACGGGGAUAUUGUUCAUUCUGAUGUUUCAUUUGAAGAAGUUGGCAAGCAGGACUCGAAUCUUCCCUGUGGGAAGAGCUGGUGUCAGGACUUGAUGCUCGGAGACGCCGGGCAGGAUGCUUCGAUUCUUGCAUUCACGAUGCCCUAUCUGAAGAACAAUUGCGCAAAGAGACUCAUCUCUGCACUUCACAUUGCUCUAGCCUCGCAUCCUGCCGAGGUGGAACGUCUCCUCGCAACUUACGGUAUCAAGGAAGACACUCCUGAUGAUGAUGCACUGCCUUCAGUCUUGAACUAUAUCAACGACAUAGGCUUUUUCGCCCCGGUCCUAACUCUAGCCCGAGGCUGGCGCGGAAAUGCCCACAUCUACUAUUUUAACGAGGGCAAUCCCUGGAACGGUCAAUGGAAAGGACAAGCAAACCAUAUCCUAGACUCGGCCUACUUAUUCCAGAAUUUUAGCGAAUUCAUGACUCCCGCUCAGCAGGCAGUUGGUGUUUCUUUUGCGGAGGAUUUCUUUAAGUUCUGUCAUGGCAUUGCCCCGUGGCCCGCUGUUACAGCGGGGGUUAUUGAUAAGGCAUUCUCAGCUCGUGUCUAUGGGCCCAGCGACCACGGACUAGAUGCCGGCGUGGUGCAUCAGCCAUAUGGAGGUGAGAGUGGGAGGAGGAAUGUGUUGUUUGACCUCGCUCCUGGAGUUAUCUUGGAUGACUUGGCGAAGGCUUUUGGGAUUUUUAUGACUAGUUAG